AGUGUGGGCAGGACCAGGAAGAUUUGGGAUCUGCUGGAAACACUGAAACCUCUCAAGCUUCAAGAGAUGCUCUAGAAGUCUCCCCCUUUCAAAACAGGUCCCUCACCCAGAGGCAGAAAUCCCCCCAGAGCUGGAGAGGAGGAGGAAGCCCUCAGUGGGGAUCUGACCCGGCUCCUGCUGUGUUUGGGGCAGAACCUUGUCCUUGGCCCUGCCCUGAGGAGAUGGCGCCCUGUUCCUGCCCCAGCUCUGUGCUCUGCCUCCUCCCCUCCCUGCUGCUCCUCCUCCAGCUGCCCCCCGGGGGGUCCCAAGAGAAGUUCCGGGUAUUUGGCCCCACACACCCCAUUGUGGCAGAGCUGGGCAAGGAUGCCACACUGCCCUGCUCCCUGUACCCAGCCAUGAGUGCAGAGGACAUGGAAUUGAGGUGGUUCCGUUCACAUUUCUGGGAGUCAGUGUUCACCUAUCAAGACCGACAGGAGCGACAUGAUGAGCUGAUGGCCCAGUACACAGGGCGGACCUCGCUGUUAGGGAAAUAUCUCAGUGAGGGGGAUGCUGCUGUGACCAUCCACGAGGUCCGGGCUUCUGACAAUGGGCUGUACAACUGCUCCUUCAGAGAUGGAGACUUCUGUGAGCAAGCCAGCUUGGAGCUGCAGGUGGUAGGUGUGGGCUCUGCCCCCCAAGUGCACAUCACUGGGCCAGAGGAGGACGGGGUGUGCGUGGUGUGCAUGGCCUCUGGCUGGUUCCCAGAGCCCCAGAUGCAGUGGAGACACCCCCGUGGGGAGCAGUUCCUGGAGUUCUCCAAGGUCCAUGCCCAGGACACUGAGGGGCUAUUCAGCGUGGAGGCUGCUCUGGUGGUGAGAGACAGCUCUGCAGGGAGUGUGACUUGUUCCAUCCUCAACCCCAUCCUGCGCCAGGAGAAGGCCAGGACCAUUGUCAUCCCAGAGCCCUUCUUCCCCCGGGCCUCUCCCUGGAAGCCAGCUUUCCUGGUGAGCCUGCCCUUGCUGCUGCUCCUGCUCCUGAGGGCUGCAUACUAUACCCAGAGAGAACAUUCCACACAGAUACGGGAGCUGCGGCUUCAGAACCUUAUAUGCUGGGUUAAGGAGCUGGACCUACAGACCAAGGAGGAGGCCCUGAAGGACACAGAUGAACUCCAGGCAAUUCUAGGCCAGAGGAAGGCAGCUUACCUGGCUGCCUGGAGGAAGGCCCAGCUGUAUGCAGAUUGGCGGAAGGAGCAGUUCCGGGCCUGUGUGGGCUCUGCCCCCCAAGUGCACAUCACGGGGUCAGAGGAGGAUGGGGUGCGCGUGGCGUGCACAGCCUCGGGCUGGUUCCCGGAGCCCCAGGUGCAGUGGAGACACCCCUGUGGGGAGCAGUUCCUGGAGUUCUCCAAGGUCUACACCCAGGACACUGAGGGGCUGUUCAGUGUGGAGGCUGCUCUGGUGGUGAGAGACAGCUCUGCGGGGAGCGUGACCUGCUCCAUCCUCAAUCCCACCCUGAGCCAGGAGAAAGCCAUGGCCAUUGUCAUCCCAGAGCCCUUCUUCCCGCGGGUCUCUCCCUGGAAGCUGGCUUUCCUGGUGAUCCUGCCCUUGCUGCUGCUCCUGCUCCUGGGGGCUGCCUGCUACACCCAGAGAGAACAUUCCACACAGAUGCGGGAGCUGCAGGAACAGAGGAAUUUGCACCAGGCGAAGGAGCAGGACAGACAGACCAAGGAGGAGGCCCUGAAGGACACAGAUGAACUCCAGGAAAUUCUAGGCCUGAGGAAGGCAGCUUACCUGGCUGCCUGGAGGAAGGCCCAGCUGUACGCAGAUUGGCGGAAGGAGCAGUUCCGGGCCUGGUCUGUCACUCUGGAUCCAAGUCCUUUCCAUUCCAAUAUUGUGCUCUCUCCUGACAAGAAGAGUAUGACCUGCAACAUGAUGGCAUGAAAAAUGGAUUUUUGGCUUGGGUCUUGAGGGCAUCACAUCAGGGUGCUGUUACUGGGAAGUGGAGGUCAGGAGUAGGGACAGCAGUGAGUGGGUGCUCGGGGUCUGGAGGGAAGAUGAGAAAAUGAGAUACAAGGCUCCAUCCCCCAUGGAUGGUUUCUGGGUUGUGGGGCUGUUUGAAAAUGUCUUCAAAGCCUUCACUAGCCCUCGUACU